AUGUUGCAGCAGUCACAGCCACCGCCCGAACCAGCACCAGUACGUGCGAGGCGCACUACACGCCGAGUUACACUCCCUAACGAGAAAAACACUGGACGUGUUCAAGAGAGAUACGCAGCGUACCGGGAUUUCCCUUGGGAGAAGAUCGAGGAAUUUCUGAGAAGGAAGUGGCCACACUGGAAGGAUUUCAAACCAGAAAAGGUCAACGACAACUGGCAAUUUGAGGUACCAGAGAAGUUAACAGAAGGCGAUCGAAGGCAGCUGACCAAUCUUCGAAAUGCGCCUAAGCGCACAAGGAGACCCUCGAAUCCCGACCCUCCUACCAGUACAUAG